CGAUAAUGGAAUAGUAUGUUUUCCGACUUUUCUGAAUAAAUUAUUUAUUUUUUUAUUAUGAUUUUUCAUGGAUCCUCGGUCAUAUAAAAUAUGAUUGAGGCGCACAUUGACAAUAAACAAUAUAAAUAUGUCGUUUUAACAUAUCAAAAAAGUUAGUGUUACCUACGUUUUUACAAAGAAUGUGAAAGAUGGCUUCAAAUUCCUACAGGGUGGAAUGGGUGGAAAUAAUAGAGCCCAAAACUCAGGAGCAUAUGUAUGCCAAUUUGGCUACAGGAGAAUGUGUAUGGGAUCCUCCUGAAGGUGUUCCUGUAAAGCGUACAGACUCUAACCAGUGGUGGGAACUUUUUGAUCAAAAUACUGCUAGGUUUUACUAUUAUAAUGCUACGUCACAAAGAACAGUUUGGCACAAGCCCUCCAACUGUGACAUUAUCCCUUUAGCCAAAUUACAAACUUUGAAACAUAACACUGACUGUAGUCCAGCUGUUACAAGUAAUCAGGCUACACAAACCGGCCAUCCCUCUGAGAGAGGACAGGCAUUAAGCUUGUCUGCUAGCACUCCUCAAUUACGCCGAAAACCAAGUGACUUAUGUAGAAGCAGUAGUUUCAGCCAAAGAGGCGCAGAGGCCCCACUAUAUUCAAAUUGGCAUGACUCUCAUCUACUACCUUUAGAACAUUUUUUACUUAAUAAUAGCAGAGAAUCUGAUAGUGAUCAUUCAGAUAGCGGAAGUGAAUCUUUGACUGGUCAUGAACCUGAUAAUGAAGAUUCAGACCAAUCAGAAGGCAGCUACUUACCUCAUAGGCUCUCUCAUAGACAAGUGGAAUACCUCAAUUUGCCCACCGGUGUUACAGCAGAACGAACAGAACGCGAAAGGGAAUGUCCACCUACUCCACUUCUUAAGCCUCUUGCCGAACCUCCCUUACAACCUGAAAGAGAGGCUGAUAUGGAAAAAUUCGCUGCUGAUAAUUUGAAUCUAGGAGGUAGGGGCUUGUUUAGAAGGAAGGCCAGUGUCCGAGAUCUGCUUAGUUGGACACAAAGGAGCCUCCAGAGGCCUCUAUUAGCAUCUAGUAAGCCUGUGUACAAACAAGCUUUGGAAAUGUUCAGGCAAGUGCAGAUGUAUAUGGGAGAUCGCAAGGCCCGUCCAGGUAUAUCUCUGAAUUCUCUUCUAAUGGAAAUCUUGGGUACUGCUCACUUGCAAUCUUUGUUGCGUGACGAAUUAUUUGUUCAGUUAUGUAAACAAACUACUGAGAAUCCUAGAAGAGAGUCACUGUUGCGUGGUUGGGAAUUGUUAACCAUCGCUCUCGCGUUUAUACCUCCUAGUCCAGUGUUCCAGCCUGCUUUGUUAGGGUACCUGAAUAGGCAUAGAGAUCCUACAUUUUCGCGCGUUUUUCCUGAUGUUAACCGAUGGCCUAUACAUGUACAGGUCAAUCACUAUGCUACAGUAGCGUGCCAGCGUUUAGAAAGAAUUGGUGCAGGGGGCAAACGUACAGCUAAAAGGCCUCAAAUGGACGACAUAGAGUCAGCUAGAAAACAAAUAUUCCAAGCUAGUCUUUUUGGGAACACUUUGAGGGAGGUGAUGCAGCUUCAGUCAGGUAGAUGGCCCAAUAGAAGGUUACCUUGGCCACAAGUCGAGCUUUCCAUGCAAGUUUUAAAACUGCAAGGACUUCAAACUGAAGGAAUAUUUCGCGUGUCAGCUGAUGUAGAUGAAGUUAACAGAUUAAAAGGCCAAAUGGAUAAGUGGGAACUUAGUGAACCAAGUGAUGCACAUGUCCCUGCAAACAUGCUAAAGUUAUGGUUAAGGGAACUCUAUGAGCCAUUAAUUCCCGAUUCGCUCUAUCCUGAGUGUGUGGCCGAACCUAUGACUUCUAGACGAGCUUGCGAUUUAGUCCUGCGUUUACCUACCCUGCAUAGAUUAGUAUUAUGUUAUUUGGUUCGAUUUUUACAGACCUUCAAUAAACCCGACAUUAUACAGCAUACCAAAAUGGAUGCUUCGAAUUUGGCUAUGGUGUUCGCUCCCAAUUGUUUAAGGUGUAUGGCUAGCGAUCCCCGUACAAUGUUUGAUAAUGCUCGUAAGGAAAUGGCUUUUAUGAGAUGUCUUAUACAAGACCUCGAUACAGAAUGUGUUCGAGAUAUGAUUUGACCUCAGAUUUUUCUUUGUAUAUUUAUACUAUUAUUAUAAUUGAUGUAUAAUUUUUUAUUUUCAAUAAUAGAGAUGCGUCUUGUGUUUUUUAUUGUG